AUGGACAAGCGGUUGCUGGUGGUGCAGUUGACACUCUGCGCCUGCGAGGCCCUGGGUUCGAUUCCCGCCCGGUGCCCAACUUGGUUGCGUGCCCAAGUUGGUUGAGCCACUUGGGCACCCAACCAAGUUGGCCCGGGCAAAAUUCGUAGCUUACCUAGUUACUUAGUUACUUUCUUUUU